GAUGAAUAUAAUAUUUAAAAAUUCUAGGGUUUAUCUGAUCUGGUGAAGGUGGAGCGGAGCCUUCACAAUUUCAUGCCAGUGUGCAAAGUGUGAAAUCGAACAUUCUCUCUCUCUCUCUAUAUAUGUAAUCCUGUGUUUCUAUAUAUAAAUAAAUAAAUAAAUGUAUAUAAAUUGACCGGCAAUUCCGGCGGCAGAUCCUUGACGGUGGCGGUGGUUGGAGGUAAAUCUCAUUUAAUAGAUUCAUCCGAUCCCAAAGUCAAUAAUAUUCUUUCUACUAUAGUAACUAAUUCGAUUCAAUACAUUUAUUGUUUUGAGGUGAUGGAGCUUGCUAGCUAGGGCUCUUAAUUAGUACUGCCUUUACGUUCAGAUUAAUCCUUCCCGCAUCUUAUAUCUACUAGUCUAUUCUGUAUGUCUUAAUGUCUAUAAAAUAUACUUGUUUCUCUCUCUGUGUGUGAUCUUAUUAUAGAGUUCAAGUGACUGGAUCAAAUCUACAUUCUACAAAAGUUAAUAACUCUCACUGUGUGUCUUCUUCUUGAGUGAGAAUAAUUGAGGAGAAAUGAAGGGGAAUUGAGCAUUUGUUAGCUGAAUUUUGUUGGAUUCAUCACAUCUCAUUGAGAAUCAAUCCCUAGCACUCUCAGGGCAUCCACCGGACCAAACAGAUUACUCCGAGAGUACCCGGGUCCACCGCCAAUUCCGGGGAAAACCCGGUAACCCACCCGCCCGUAGACACGACGAUGAAGUUACCGCAGGAAAAUGGCCCGGCCACUUCAUCGAGGCGUUUUGGGUGGGGGAAGACUGUCAGGAAACAUUCAAGAUUAUUUGGAAGACACACAAAUGAAGAUCAAAACAGAUAAAGAAGAUUUCGAUAAAACUUCAAAAACAUCCUCUGAUCCCGUAUCUUUAUCGUUAAGGAACCCUUUCCAGCUCUUACUUUCAGAAAACACACCAUCCAAACAAGACUCCGUUGAAAAUGGAUUUGCGGUCUCCGAUCAAUUCACCUCAAGUUCGAGAAAUCGCCAUUUGUUGACUUUACUUAUUCUUAAAUUCAGUUUGAUUUUGAUAGUUAUUCUUGGCCUUACCGUAUCUCUUCUAUGGACAAUUUCACUCACAACGGGUACUAAAAGUCCUAUGAUUCGUGGGUAUAGACGGCUGCAAGAACAGCUUGUUUCAGAUUUAUGGGACAUCGGUGAGUUGUCACUUGGUGCUAAUAAAGUUAAGGAGUCUGAGUUUUGUUCUCCAGAAUUCGAAAAUUUCGUACCUUGUUUCAAUACUACCGAAAAUCUUGAGUUGGGUUUGACUGAAGGGAAAGAGUUUGACCGUCGAUGUGGGCCCAUGUCGAAACAGAAUUGUUUAAUUCUUGCUCCACCUAAAUAUAAAGUUCCUCACCGGUGGCCUACAGGAAGGGAUGUAAUUUGGAUCGAUAAUGUUAAAAUUACAGCGCAGGAGGUACUUUCAUCCGGAAGCUUGACGAAGAGGAUGAUGAUGUUAGAUGAAGACCAAAUUUCGUUUAGUUUUGCAUCUUCAAUGGUAGAUGAUAAUAUCGAAGACUACUCACAUCAAAUAGCCGAAAUGAUUGGUUUAAGAAACGAAUCUUAUCUUGUACAAGCUGGAGUGAGAGCUGUAUUAGAUAUAGGCUGUGGUUAUGGUAGUUUAGGAGCACAUUUAUUUCCAAAGCAAAUUUUAACAAUGUGUAUUGCACAUUACGAGUCUUCGGAUAGUCAAGUUCAAAUAACACUUGAACGUGGUCUCCCUGCAAUUGUGGGUUCUUUUGCUUCAAAACAAUUGCCGUUUCCAUCACUUUCGUUUGACAUGAUACACACUGCGUGGGAUGGUGUUCAAUGGGAUAAGAAAGAUGGAAUAUAUUUGAUAGAGGUUGACCGAGUUUUGAGGCCAGGUGGAUACUUUGUUUGGACCUCAGCGUUUGCAAACAUACCAGAUUCUGUUCGUGAUAAAGAGAAUUUAAAAAGAUGGGAUUUUGUUCGGAAUAUUGCUAAAGAUUUGUGUUGGGAUUUAUUAUCACAACAAGAUAAAACCGUUGUGUGGAAAAAACCCAGCAACAAAGACUGUUAUGCUUCUAGGAAACAUGUAAUUUGCAAAGCGGGCCAUGAUGUUGAAUCUCCAUAUUACCAUCCACUUGAGGCAUGCAUAGGUGGGACCCGUAGCCGGAGAUGGAUUCCCAUUGAGGAACGGGCCACCUGGCCUUCUAGAGCUACCUUGAGCUCCAAGGAACUUGCGCUUCAUGGUGUGCUAGCGGAUGAUUUUGCAGAAGAUAAUAUUAACUGGAAGUCGGCAGUUAGAGAUUAUUGGUCUCUACUCUCCCCGCUAAUAUUUUCAGAUCACCCAAAGAGACCUGGUGACGAGGACCCUAUUCCACCUUAUAAUAUGGUCAGAAAUGUGUUAGACAUGAAUGCACAUUUCGGUGGAUUUAAUUCUGCAUUAUUAGAUGCCAGAAAAUCUGUUUGGGUGAUGAAUGUGGUCCCCACUAGCGGUGUCAACCACCUACCACUUAUCCUGGAUAGGGGAUUUCUCGGCGUAUUGCAUGAUUGGUGUGAGGCGUUUCCAACUUACCCUAGAACAUAUGAUAUGGUGCAUGCUGAUGGACUUUUAUCCCUCGAAACCGUAAAGCAGUCUCGUUGUAGCACGCUUGAUCUUUUUUAUGAAAUCGACCGCCUACUCCGUCCAGAGGGUUGGGUGAUACUGCGCGACACAACUUCGCUCAUUCAAUCAGCAAGAGCCAUCACAGCGGGAUUAAAAUGGGAAGCGCGAGUUGUUGAAAUCGAGAGUAACAAUGACGAAAAGCUCCUUGUGUGCCAAAAGCCGUUAAUAAGAAGCCAAGCAAGUUCAUUAUGAAAAAAAUUGUUCACCAUUCGUUAAUUUUCUUCGUGUUACAUCGUUUUAUCAUUCACCAAACUGCAAGAACUUUUGGGCAGAAACAGAAAGCCGAAGAGAACUUAAAGAAGUUGGUGACUUUAAAGAGAGAAAAUGGGUCUUUUCUGACGUGGAUAUAGGUGCGGAUCGUUAUACUUUCGUAAGUAUAUACGACUAUAUGAUAUAAAGAUUAUAAGAAUAAAAGUGAGGUUAGUAUAUAUAUACACGAGGAUAUGAUGAAAUCAGAUUUAUUUGUUUCUUAAUCAUGUUGACAAUAUUUUUUCUAUUCAUAACAUUUGAAUUCUAUUCUUUGAAA